AUGGAUCCACUCAAUAUUCUUUCUUCGACGCAUACACUCGUUGACACUAUUAUAGCAACAUAUCAAACCCUCGACAAAAUCUCCAACUUACCGAACUCUUUCAACGAAAUCAAGACUAGCCUUCCCCUCGUCGAGCGCAUGUUAAAUGAUGCCAGGGACGCCCUCGAUGGCACUGAGCUUUCGGAAGAAGAAACCAAGGCAAUCCUCGCGAUCAUCAACCCCUGCAAUGAAGCUGCUGUAAAAAUGAACAACAUAUUCAAGGAAGUUCAGUCCAAGUGCGAAAAGGGCCAGAAUGCAAGGAGCUGGCAAAGUGUUCGCUCUAUAUACCACAAAGCCCUGCGCGGCCAAGGGGCAUUUCGGGCGGAGAAGCUCAUGGAUGUCAUUAUGCGGGGCUUAAAGCAACUGGCUAUGCAGCGGGCGUUCAAUACCACGAUGCAGAAGGAUCUUAAAUCCCUUAAAAAGGCCAUCGAGGGGAUGUCCAAGGCGCAGCCCUCCUUGCGGGAUUCCGAGUUUAAGAAUGUAGGAGGAACGUUCACCAUGACCCAACACAACGCAAACGGGGCUAUAACGCAGCAGAAUGCCCCUCGGGGGGACAACAAUAGAUUCUACAGUUCGCAAACUAUGAAAUUUGUAAGCGACGACACCCCGAAACGAAAGAGCGCUGUCCUUCAGAGACUCAGCCAAGACUUGCCGUACAUAGAGCGGAAGAAUAUAAACGUUGAACCUGUCCAGGGGACAUGCGAAUGGGUUGCGGGCCACAAGACCUUUGAAGAGUGGAAGCAAGGCAAAUCGUUAGGCCUGCUCUGGGUGUCCGCGGAUCCAGGAUGCGGAAAGUCUGUAUUGGCUAGACAUAUCGUCGACUCGGACAGCUUUGAGGGCCAAAGGAGUGCAACGAAUGCUCUUCGUUGUAUCUUACAUCAGUUGUUGAUAAAGAAAGAUAUCCUUUUCUCCGAAGACAUACUAAGACGCUUUGACGGAGAUAGUGAGACUCUCACGAACUCCUUUGCUGGGCUAUGGGAAAUACUAGUCACUGUUGCAGAAGAUACAAAUGCUGGCGAAAUCAUCGUUGUUCUUGAUGCACUUGACGAGUGUGAUGAAGAAGACAGGCAUAAACUUAGCAAGGAGCUUUGUAGCCUAUAUCGCGGUGGGAAGACACCCAACCUAAAGUUCUUCUUAACGAGCCGGCCUUAUCGGGAUAUUAAGACUGAUUUUCAGCCACUACCACCUUCGAUACGCCUAAGCGGUUCAAAGUAUCGGAAAGGCGAAGAACCUCAGCCAGGAAAACCAGGCCAGGAAAACCAGGAUUUCUUGCUUCAGCGCCUUACAAAUAUUCAGAAUCCAACGUACCUAUGGGUUGAUCUUACAUUACAGCUGAUCAAUAAGGAAAGAUACCCCAGCCAUGAGACGAUAGACCGGGCUACUGCAGACACCACUGGGAACAUUGAUGCAGUGUAUGAAAAGAUUUUAUCCAGGAGCUGGGACUUUGAAAUUACAAGGAGAUUACUACAUAUUGUAGUUGCAGCGGCAAGGCCUUUAACACUGAAAGAGAUAGACGUCGCCCUGGCCCUCCAGGGACAUUUUACUUCGUACACUGAUCUUCACCUCAGGAAAGAUAAUAUUUAUGACUACGUACGGGAUCUAUCUGGCCUUCUCAUCAGAACUAUUGAUGACAAACUUUACUUACUACAUCAAACCGUGAAAGAGUUUCUAGUUUCAACGACCCUUCAAAUGCCCACUAGCAAAUCCAAAAGCGGUCCCAGAGUUCUUGAAUGGAAACAUACAUUUCGGCCCCAGGAGUCAAAUAGUAUAGUUGCAGAUAUCUGCAUGUCCUAUUUACUCUUCAAGGAGUUCGAAAUUCUUUCUUUGGACGAACAGCUCACUGGAUCCAAGGUUGAGGAGAGGACAUCGUUAUCUAAAUGUGUUGACGAUUACCCCUUCCUUGACUAUGCUGCCAAACACUGGGUUACCCACUUCAAACAAUCAUGCCUCGACGUUAAGUACGAGAUGGAACGAGUACUGAAUAUUUGUGACGGUAAACGUUACUUUAUUUGGUUUCAGAUCUAUUGGACACGCGAAAAACCUCCUAGAGGUUUUAACUCCAUAAUGCUCUUGUCCUACUUCGGACUUACUGAAGCACUGGCUCGUCUUCUCCCAGUGCGUAAAAUUAUCUUAAACGAUAAGGAUUUGCAUUAUGGGCGGUCUGCACUAUCGUGGGCCUCAGAAAACGGCUUUGCCGACACGGUUGAGCUUCUGAUCAAGGGUGGUAGUAGUUGGAUCUGGUCGUUGUCUAGAGAAAGGGCCGAAGUCGACUCUGAGGAUAUGGAAGGUAGAACACCUCUUUCGUACGCCGCCGAAAACGGGCAUGUGGAGGUGGUUAAACGUCUGCUUUCUCUGGGUAAGGCUAUUCCCACCAUAAUGGACAAGCUCUACGAGACGCCACUAUACUACGCCAUUUGUUUCGAACACGAGGAAGUGGUUCGCUUACUUACAUCGAAACCUAGCUUGAUGGAUUCGGUGGAUGAUAUCCGAGCACGUAUGGUAAUAUCCGCCGCAAGAGUGGGUAAUCGAGCUAUUGUCAAAAGACUGGUUGAUCAAGAUGCAUGCAUCAUCAACGCGCGGAAUGUAUGCGGCAUGACACCGUUGUUAUAUGCUGCCAAGUUUGGAUAUUAUGAUAUUGCUAAGCUCUUACUUGAGGCAGACAAAGAUAACGUCGAUGUAAGCGAUGAAGAUGGCCUAACACCACUGUUAUAUGCUGCCAAGCUAGGAACAUUUGAUGUCGUCAAUCUCUUGCUUGAGACAGGCAAAGUUAACGUGGAUGUAAGCGAUAAAGAUGGUCUAACACCACUGUUAUAUGCUGCCAAGUUAGGAAGAUUUGAUGUUGUCAAUCUCUUGCUUGAGGCAGGCAAAGUUGACGUGGAUGUACGCGAUAAAGAUGGCCGCACAGCGCUAUCAUAUGCUGCCCAAAACGGGCGAAGAGAUACCAUUAAACUGCUUUGCAAAUGCAAGGCUAAUGCAAAUAUACCGGAUCAGGACCGCGAGACACCAUUAUUUUAUGCCAUUCGCUAUCGUGAUUUCCAUGAAGUUGUUGGUGUUGUCGAGCAGCUACUUGAUGAAGGCAAUGCGAAUGUGAAUGUAAUGGAUAUAAAACGUCACACGCCACUAUUCCAUGCUAUUCAACGUGGGAAUACGAGCCUCGCAGUGUUACUGAUUGCUAGAAUGGAUCCGUUGCUUGUGACAUCGACAGAUCUUGAUGGUAGAACACCACUAUCGUAUGCGGCUGAAAUGGGGGAUGUGGUUAUUGCCGAAAGAAUACUUGUGGUUUACGGCAACGACCUUCAAGCUAUUUGGGACCCAGGUAAUGUCAAAUCUCCAUUAGUUUAUGCCAAAGGCGACGCUGCAGAGAUGUUUUCUAUGGUGGAUAGAUCCCAUUUGAUUGAACUCGGUUAUAUACAUGAAAGAUACUGA